AUGGGCAGAAGAAAAAUCGAGAUCCAGCCAAUCAAUGAUGAACGGAACAGGACUGUAACGUUCGUGAAGCGAAAAGCCGGACUGUUCAAGAAGGCCCACGAGCUGUCGAUCCUUUGCAAGGUUGAUAUCGCCGUAAUUAUCAUCGGUCACAACCACAAGGUCUACGAAUAUUCAUCCAACAACCCGCAGGCGGUGAUAGAGAAGUACCAGCAGUCAGGACAGACCCAGGAGUCGAAAAGGCCGCAAGACUAUGGCAAUUAUAAGCUAGUUUCCAGAGUCUCGACUAAGAAGGGAGCCAGAAACGACAACAGACACGUGAAGCAGGAUUCCGUAGACGGGGAUAUAUCGGACGACCCGAACCACUCUGAAUUGGACGGAGAGGAGGACGAGGACGCAGAGUACGAGGAAACUCCCACCAAGAAGCGGAAACUCUCCAGAUCGGUGUCGUCUGAGGAUCGUUCACGAAGACCAACAUUUGUGCCGCCCAAGGAAACAGGCGUGAUGCCCCUGAAUUCCAAACUGUCCAAGCGGCCGCUGCUGAGCUUGCAGAUUCCUAGCAACGACAGAUCGACCUCAGACAGCGACAUCACAGUGACAGCUUUGGAAUCGGGCCAGCUGAACACGACCAAAGAGGGUGGAGACGCUGGCGCCGCGCCUGGACGCACGUCGCAGAACGCGAAAAAAGUCAGCAUUGCAGCCACCCCGACCUCCAACUCGUUCUUGCCGGGACUCAACAUCAUGACCCAACAGAACGCCCAAAACCCGCUAGAUCAGACCAAUUCCUCCAACAAAUCGACUCCUGUGUCGGCGACGCUGCCCCACGGGCUGUUUUCCUCGCUCCCGCAAAUGUCUCCGACACAGAUCCUUCCCACUCCGGUCUUUCCCCUGGGUCCGCAACAACAGCAAUUAGUGCAGCAGCAGAAUUUUGCACCCUACAGCGCCAAAUUCCAGCCAAAAUCGUCCACGGGGCCGCCGCCGUUCUUUAACUACACCGGGGACACACCAGUGCUCCCUUCGGGACUCUCUUCGCGGUUUCUGGACAUGUUUCCUUCGCCCAAUGUAUAUUAUAGCCAGGACUGGCCUAUGACGAUGGGGACAGGGAAUCCUACCGUGCAAAACCCAGGAUGCCCGUCAGGACCCGGAUCCAACGGCCAGCCCAACCACCACGUGCCCCAGCAGCUAAAUCAGCAACAGGGAGGUGCCAAUAACGGCGACUCUGGACAGAAAGGUGGCCCUGCUACGUCGUCUGGCUCCACGUACGGUGGUCCGACAAGCAGCAGCGGCACACAGGGCCCGGACGGGAAUUUCUCCACAAUGACAAGCCCGCUACAAGUUAUCGGCUCGGCGAUCUACAAUCAGGCUGCCCAGGCUGCCGAGCGACGAGAGGAAGACAAAUAA